AUGUUUGCUUGCAAACUUUGGACAUCAACAAAAAUUGUGCGUGGAAUGAACUGGGUGGAGAUUGCUACUGCAGGUUGUCGAACAACAGGAACGAGUAGGAGUGGAAUAGCUUCAGAUAUGUUGGUUGUUGAGGGCUUAGUCGCCACGUAUCAUGACAUCAUGCUAGUACUCGCCGCGUUUUACAUAAACCGUAAAAUACAAACACGAAAAUUGCAAACCAUACUGCCUGCCAAAAAACCGUCCUUAUUACGUUUAACUGUUCUUGUGCACGAUUGGUUACGUGUAAAAUUCCGAGUUGAUCAGAUGGAUUCAGAUUUUUUCGUCCUAUGCAUUCUCAGCCUAUUCAUUCAUGUAUGCCACGGAGCUGAAUAUGCUUACACAGUUGAGGUGGUUGAUGGUGGCGAUUUGAAUAUCAAUUUCAUGAUGCUUUUUGGUAACAAAAUUUUACUGCAAGAAACAAAAAAGGUGGAGGGAAGCCAUAAGUUUUCGAUGAAGGAGUCUGGCGACUACCAGCUGUGUUUUGACAACUCAUUUAGUUAUCAAACACGUAAAGUUCUAUUUUUUGAACUUUUUUUACUAGAUGAAAAUGGAAGUUUUGAUGAAACAAACAUGCUUGAGGAAUUUGGUCCUGUAAGGGAGGAAUACAGUGGACUUGGUUUCGAAAUGCAGAAAUUCCAGAAAGCAUCCAAUAACAUUAAAAAUUUACUAAAUAAAGUCGAAUAUCAUCAAUCGUUAUUGCGAGCUUAUGAAGCUCGCGAUCGAGCGAUAAUGAAUGCCAAUCUCGAGCGUGUGACCUUAUGGUCAGUAGUCAACUCUGUCAUUCUAGUAGUUGUUGGUUUAUUACAGGUCAUUGCGGGUGGUGACAUUACAUUCUCUAUUACAUCACCGAAAGGACUAUCUCUGAUCAAUGAUUUGAAACAUACUGAUGGGACGCACAAGAUUGAUUUGAAUAUGACCAGUACCGGUUAUGGUGACUACUUAUUUUGUUUUGAUAAUGCAUUCAGCAUUCAAUCGGACAAGCGGGUUUUUUUCGAAUUAUUUCUUUUGGAUGCGCAGGGUCACUUUCUUGGAGGUUUUGAUCAACAGAUUAACGUUGGAACAGAAGUUUUGCGUACACUGGAUACACGUAUUAACCAUUUUCAGAAUGUGACAACGAAUGUUAAGAAUAAUUUGAAUACCAUUGAAAGGUUGCAAAGACAAUAUGCAAGUAUAGAACUGGCUGAUCGGACUGCCAUUGAACGCAGUUAUGAAAUGAUAAAUUUCUGGAGCGUGUUGCACCUGGUCAUCAUGCUUUUUGCGUUCUUUGUGCAGGUUUAUAUGGUACGCAGUCUUUUUGAAGAAAACUCAAUGAUUGGUCUGAUUCUACGAAAAGGUCGCUUGAAUGAUUAA